UUUAACGAUCGCCGCGACUAAGUCAUUCAGUUAUACCAUAGAUACGGCCUUUAUCUUGAUUGAACCGCAAUUUAAACGCGGUGCUUGCGAGCUGCAUUCCUGCGGGAAUGCAUUUCGCUCACAGUGCGAUCUCUGUUUUCAGUGUAGUUUGUGAUUCGCGUACAUAGAUCUACCGAUCGGGUGCGCGAGUGUGAGUGCAAAUGACUGGUAGCCCGGUUUAGUGGGCCGGACCUUACAAAAUGUGGACCAAGAGAUUAAAGCUAUGGAGGUUUAUGUUGUGCGUGUUGUUUGCCGUAUCGGCGCUUGCGCUCGCGGCGAGAGCCGAUGACGACAUUCCUUCAGAGUCACAAUGUCGUCCAUACAUCGAAAAGGCACUUAAAGAGCUCGAAUCGGGAGACACAGAACCAGAAUCUACAGAACAAAACGAAUCAAGUGAAGCUAGUGUAGAUGACGAUACGAAAGAAGAAACUUCAGCAGAAGGUGGGGCGACGGCAGAGGCAGAUAGUGCAGAAGAUGCAGAUAGUAAAGAAGAUGCACCAUCAGUAGAAGUUGCGGAUGAGCCGUACGUAUCUCAAGUAUCAUAUGAAGAAGAAGGUAGCCCUGCCGACGCAGAAUCUAAGGAAGACGCGACCACAGAAGAGACUGAUGAUAGUGCCGAGAAACAAGCAGAUGACAGCAAAGAAACUGACGGAGACAGUAAGGAAGAUGCAUCUGCUGACGAACAAGAAACCGAAAAAGAAAGUGGUGAGGUAGCGGAUGAAGGUGUCAGUGAAGAAGAUUCUGAGGAUAGCAAAGAGGCAACUGAAGAUAGUACAGAAGAUGAAACUCAAGAAGAAUCUACUGAAGCUUUAGCUGUAAGCAAAGAAGAAAAAGAAUCUGAUGAACAAGAGGGCGAUGAUAUUGCAGAAUCCGAAGCAGUAACUGAUGUGGAUAAAUCUGAGAAAUCUACCGAAGCAUCCGAAGAAACUGAUGAAGCCAAGGCUGAAGGUGAAAGUGACGAAGAUACCAAAACAGAAGAAGAAGACGAUAGAUCUCAAGAAAAGGCUGAAUCUGAUGAAGUAAAAGAUGACACCAGUGAUUCCCAAGAAGAAAAAGACAAAGAAGAUUCUGGAGAGGAUACAGUAAAGGAAGAAGCUCAAGAAAAUUCAGAAGAAGAGCAGGAGUCAGCCAAAAAAGAUGAAUCUGUUGAAGGUGACACUGCAGAAGAAAAAUCUGAUGAAGAUGAUACCGAAAAAAGUAGCAAUGAGGAUGAGGCAAAGGAAGAAAGCGAAGAAAAAGAAGCUAGUGAAGAAGAUGUAGAUAAAUCCGAAGAAGCUGGUUCUGAGGAGAGUGAAGGCGCUCCCGAAGAAGACUUGCUCCUAACAGGGGAGAUUCCCGAAAAUCUGAGAUCCCGUGAUCACAUUAUUCAGAUCUUAAGACUAGACGAAGACGCAAGUGAGGCAGAAUUAAUUAUUAAAAAAUCAGCUGACAUUGUUCUCAGAGAUUUGAAAAGACUUUACGAGCACUCUAUAAAGCCUUUGGAAGCUCUUUAUAAGUACAGAGAUCUGAGCAACAGACAUUUUGGUGAUCCUGAAAUAUUUUCGAAGCCCUUAGUACUGUUUAUGGGACCAUGGAGUGGUGGAAAAUCUUCUAUUUUAAAUUAUUUGACUGGAAUAGAAUUUACGGAAUGGUCUUUAAGAACAGGUGCUGAACCAUCUCCUGCUUACUUCAAUAUUUUAAUGCACGGAAAAGAUCCAGAGGUACUUGAUGGAACACAGUUAGCUGCCGAUUGGACAUUCUCUGGAUUACAGAAAUUUGGACAAGGUUUAGAAGAGCGUUUGAGGGGACUUAGAUAUCCUAGUAAAUUACUAGAAAAGGUGAACAUUGUUGAAAUCCCUGGAAUACUGGAAGUCAGGAAACAAGUAUCUCGAGUCUUCCCAUUCAACGAUGCUUGUCAGUGGUUCAUUGAUCGUGCAGAUAUCAUAUUCCUUGUGUAUGAUCCUUCAAAACUUGAUGUCGGACCUGAAACUGAGGCUAUCCUCGACCAGCUUAAGGGCAGAGAAUCUCAGACUCGCAUCGUGCUUAACAAAGCUGACACCGUUAAACCCGAAGAGCUAAUGCGUGUGCAGAGUGCACUUAUCUGGAACAUAUCGCCACUGAUGAGCUCCCCACAGCCUCCUGUAAUGUACACGGUCUCGCUGUGGUCACUGCCGUAUGAACCGGGCGCGCCAAUCCGCCUGCUGCAGGCCCAGGAGCGUGAACUGCUGCGCGACCUGCGACAGGCCAUCGACCGGCGUAUAGAGAAUAAGAUCGCCAGCGCUAGGAGAUUUGCGGUCCGCGUAAGAAAUCAUGCUAAGAUGGUCGACUGUUAUCUAACAACAUACUAUAAUCACAAAACUAUCUUCGGUAAUAGAAAGGUUAUUGCCGAUGCUAUUAUUGAGAAUCCUCAGAACUACCAUAUAUAUGAGGGUCUCAGUACACUUACCAACAUUUCCAGGUAUGAUCUUCCCGAUCCAGAAACAUAUCGGGAUUUCUUCAGACUGAACUCGUUGUACGAGUUCCAGCAACUGUCGGCUACAUGCACCUACUUCCGCGGCUGCCCGAUCACGCAGCUCGACGUGGCUAUUGCCUAUGACUUACCAGAGCUGGUCGGAAAGUACAAGAAGAUGGUAGAAACUGCCACCCCCCAGGGAAUGCCCAAGAGUUGAAACGCAGGCCCUCGCCACGAAAAAAAAAUAACACCUGCUUUUUAUCUUAGCGUAUUGGAUUAGACGAAUUUUUGGGCACAUUAUGCAUUUCUUUUUCUAAUUGGGCGUCGUAACAUUUUAUAAAAAAAAUAAACCCGCAUUUUCUAUUCAUUCGUUUAAUCAUAUAGUAGAUAUUUAUUUUGCUUGAAUACUCGCUUGUUCCUGUUUUUGACGUGAAUGUUAUCGUGUCUGAAGGUUUGGAACUACCUGUUUGAUGUUGAUUUUUUUUUGAAUUUUAGUAAACAUUGAAAAUGCAACACACUUCCAUUUUCCUAAUUAACCAUUUUUAUACGAAUUUCAAAAAGAAAUAAUCUAGUCAUUACGUUUAAAGGUUGUUAGUAAAACGUUGUUACUAUAAUUUAUUUAUUGAGGUGCGUUCCUAAAAUACUAGGAUCUAAGUAAUUAUUUUAUUGCUGUCUCAACCCUGAUUAAAUCUAUGUUAGAAUGAGACACUAUGUGAAUACUUAAAAAAAUUAAAUAAAAUAUUGUUAA